GACCACAUAGCGCGUAACACCGUUUCCUAGUCUGAAGUCGUCCUCGCUUUGUUGCCUACUGCUGGUUUUCGGAGAGCAGAAGCGGACUGGUUCAUCUUAAAGAGGCCGGUAUUUGGCCAUCUAGCUUACGAAUAAAAAAAAAAAAAAAUGUCAGAAGUGUUAAAGAAAAGAAAGCCAAAGGUGAUCCGGAAUGAGGGUGGCACACCAGAGGGGAAGCGGAUGAGGGGAGACGGUGAUCAGGAGGCACGUGUGUACAUGGAGGAGGUGGAGCUGGAUAUGAGAGAUCACAGUCGGGAUUAUGUGCUCUACAAACAGACCUGCCAGUCCCUAGUGAAACUUAUGUCUGAAAUACAUGACAUGAAGACUAGCGGCAGCAAGGACACGGCUAUGGAGAUAGAGCAGCGUCGCAUGCAGGGCUGUAUUCACUUCAUGACUUUGAAGAAACUGAACCGGCUGGCUCAUAUGCGUCUUAAGAAGGGCCGAGAUCAGACCCAUGAGGCAAAGCAACGAGUGGAUGCUCUGCACCUUCAGCUCCAGAAUCUCCUCUAUGAAGUUUUACAUUUGCAAAAAGAGAUCAACAAGUGUUUGGAGUUCAAGUCAAAACAUGAAGAGAUUGACCUGGUAUCCUUGGAAGAAUUCAACAGGGAGGCUCCACCGGAAAUCUCGAGGCCUGAAAUCACCAAAGCAGACCCUCAUCAGCUCACUCUGUCUCGUCUGGACUGGGAGCUUGAGCAAAGGAAGAGACUGGCAGAGAAGUACAAGGAGUCAUUGACCACCAAAGAGAAGAUCCUCAAGGGCAUUCAGGUUAAGAAGGAAUAUCUGAGCAGUUUACAGCCACAACUUCAAAAUAUCAUGCAGACUUCACUGCCAGUCCAGGAGUACCUGUCUAUGCCAUUUGAACAAGCGCAGAAGCAAAAUGAAGUGGCCCGCCGUCUGCCUCCUCCUCUCUACGUUCUCUUUGUGCAGGUCAAUGCCUAUCGGCAGGCGUGCGAUAAGAAUUUAUCAGUAUCUAUCAUCGGGGAUGUGGAAGAAGCAAAAGCCCUCUCCAAGCCCCCAGAGGAUUCUCAAGAUGAUGAAAGUGAUUCUGAUGUGGAAGAGGAGCAGAAUACCAAACGGAGGAGACCAACUUUGGGAGUCCAGCUGGAUGACAAACGGAAGGAAAUGCUGAAAUGCCAUCCGUUGUCUGUGGGUGUCAACCUAAAAUGCAAAGAUGGAAGUGUGCUGCAACUCUGUUUCUAUUACCUAAUGAGCCUUGACAUCCUAACGGUGAAAGCCAAAGUGACGACAGAGACUGAGCUCUCUGCUGCUGUCAGCGCUAGGGAGCUACUCAGUCCCGAGUCCCUGCUGAAUUGUUUAUAUACAGGAGAUCGAGGUAUGGAGACCCCAAACCCUGCCAACCGCUAUCAGUUUGAUAAAGUUGGGAUUGUCACAUUCAAAGACUACAUCCGUGAGCUGGGACAUCCAUACAUCUGGGUCCAGAAUCUUGGUGGUCUCAGGUUUCCCACCGAUAGUCCAGAGCAGGGGCAGCUAACGGGCAGCUCCCUGAGUGCCAGCCAUAUGGAGGCGACAACAAAACUGCUCCAGAAUCGUCUUCAGUCCCGUUUGGCCUUGCAGAAGCAGUUUGCCUCUCUUGAGCAUGGCAUCAUACCAGUGUCUAGCGAAAGCCAGUGCUUGUUUCCUGCGAAGAUAGUGUCCCGACUGGUUAAAUGGACCACCCUCACCUAUGAGGAGUACGUGGAAUUGCCAUACACCCGUCACGUGGUUGAUGCUGGGUUGGUGCAACCGACUGAUUUAUACUUUAUGGCAUUUAUUGAACGUGGCACAGCCAAGCUACAGGCUGCUAUUUUCCUGAACCCCCGCUACUCUGAUGUGCCACCUUUCUUUAGCCUGUUGCUGCACUGGAAAGGAGAACGCUAUGGAAGUACAGAUGACAACCUUCGGGCAAUGGAGGCUGAAGUGAAUGUCUAUCAUCAGGAGUUACGGGGUCCACAUCCAGGAUAUCAGCUUUUGACCAAUCAGCUUCAGAGAUUGUGUCUGUGUUUGGAUAUCUUCCUGGAGACUGAAAGUCAGGAUGAGAGCGUAGAAGGGCCUCGCGAGUUUCCUCGUGAGAAGAUGUGUCUGCGUACCGUACGGGGUCCCAGUCGUCUGAAGCCUUUCAAGUACAAUCACCAUCAAGGCUUUUUCAGCCACCGUUGAGCCUGAAAGUGCAGCAGAAUCCAUCAGCACAGUCUUAAUAAUUUGGAGAGAAUUUGCCUUUACUUACUGAGCUGAUUUGUGGACCUUUCAGCAGUGGAAGUGAGAUUUAUAAAUGUUUUCUGUAUCUGGGAUAUUAUUUCUUUAAAUAAACACUUUUUUCUUGUUU